AUCCUGGGCUGCGUGCUGUGCAUUCUCAAUAUGCACAAGAGGGUGGACAACUAAACUCCUCACGCUUUCAAGCAUUCGGGUGAGGUGGGGGACUUCAAUUUAAUUUCGGACUUCAGUUUAAUUCUGACAUAUUUCCCUUGCGACAUGUCGGAGAGCAUCGUCCGGAAAAUUCAACCUUUCACAAUCGGGACUAAACUCUCCACGCCAGAUGUGCCGAAGUGCCCAAGCUUCACUUUCUCUGACGACUGCAAACUGCAGCGGCGACUGAACGAGCAGGUGUCUCUUUAUCUCGGACGCUCUCAGGUGUACGAUCGACGCUGCGGACCUCCCACGGCCCCUGUGACCCCCGUGAAGCAUCAACAGGAGGAGAUGUCUGACGAGGAACACCUAAACACUAACACAGUCUCUCCGAACGCUGCGUCCAGAUCCAUCCGUAAGAUCACCAUUUCUGGGAGCGGGGAGGCUGGAUCAAGUCCGGGGAUGCAACUGAAGAUUAACCCAAAUUCUGAGAAUAUUAACAACAACAAUAACAUCACAAAUUCCAAAACAGUGCUGCCUAAAAUAGUCGGAGUCUGCUGUGAGAAUAAACCCAACUCACAAUUGAAGGUGUUGCUGUGUAAAGAUGCUGAAAGGCAGCGCGUCGGUGACCGUGAGAAGAUCUCCAGCUUUCCGCAGACCCAAACGGCAGGAGCGGACGUGCUGAAGGUGAACACUCCAUCAUCCUCUGAACACAAGGACGUGUCUUUGGUCACAAAAGUGUUAGCGGGGCAGAUUGAUCACAGUUUCGCUCAACAGAACGUCCUCUUCAACAGAGAGAUCACUCAGGCUGAGAUAUGGAUCAGGGGAAGAUUACGGGACCUGAGAGACAGCAGUCACGUCCAGAGAUGUCUCCAGAAGGACUGGGACGAAGCGUGUCAAACCCUUCAGAGAGAUCUGAAAGACUUUGAGAACACUCUCAUACAGCUCAACCAGAUGGGCGAGCAACUGAUGUGGAAGGUUAACCCCACGUCCGACCUGGUGAAGAAACGCUUGGCUCAGCUCCGUGACCAGUGGAGCACGCUCAAACAGACAACUGCCAAUCAAAUCAAGGCGAUGGGCGGAGCUAAGAGUCUGCAGGAGUUUAACGUGAAGGUGGACCGUCUGGAAUCCUGGAUCAAAGAGAAGGAAGAGGAAAGAACGCUUGCUAACAUCCUCGGGGAAAACAUCGACAAGAUGCAGCUUACCAGGAAGAUCUUAGAUUUGAAACAGGAUGAGCAGCUCUAUCGUAAUCUGCAUGAGGACAUCAAUCAUAUGGCCCUCAGACUGGAAAAACAGGGAAAGACGGACGGAAAGACCAUCUCCACCCGGAGAAAACACAUCAACAAAAUGUGGCUGAAAGCUCAGUCCCACUUGAAGGACUAUCAUGAGAAUCUUCAGCUGGCUCUGGACGUUUCCUCCUUCCACCAGCAGGCAGAUAACAUUAUCUGCUCCAUCAACAACAUGAGGAAAAGCCUCUCCCGAAACGACGGAGCUGGGGAGAUUCGGGACAUCGCCAGCCAAAUCAUGAUGCUGGAUGUAACUGUGUCGCAGCUCUCCAACCUGCACCCGGCGCUGGCGGCCAGGGUCACACAGAAGCAGAGCGAGAUGAAAGACUGCUGGGCUCUCUUCCAGAAGACUGUCAGGAAUGAGAAAGCAGCUCAGCUGUCCUCCGCCCCCUCAUUAACCAGGGAGAGCCGUGACCCCCAAACCCCGAGCCAAGAGCCGCCCGGCAGCGUGGGAACAGACCCAGGCAGAACUAUGGGAAAAGUGGAACAGAAUCGUCUGAAGGGCUUUGUGGGCGGAAGAGACAUAGAGCGCUGCAGAAAGCCUUCAGAUAGCCAAGAUGACCCGCAGAAGACUGCAGAAGAGAACUCGAUCCGUACCACCACCAGCGAUGUUAUCGUCAGACUCCAGACAUCCAAUGAAAGCAGGAACCCGGCGAGGUUUGACUCAAGAGGCCACCCAGCUCUCCAAACACAGCUCCAGAAGUUCACAGCGUCUGCAGACAAGACUCUCUCCUGGCUCAAAGAAAGCAUUGCCAUGGCAACUCAAAUAUGCAACAUGUCUGGUCCACAGGGUUUGGAAGUUGCCAAGAGGCGUCAAGCAUCGCUGGACCAGGACAUCCGGUCCAACAGAGCCAGAAUAGAACUGGUCAAGAGGGAGGGUCACAGUCUGGUGAAGGCUGAACAUCCGGGCAGCAGCAGGAUCCAGGAGUUUGUGCGUGAACUGGAGGUUCUGUGGGAUGAGCUGAUCAGAAAACAUCAGAGGAAUGCUCUGGUCCUGCAGGUCUCUGAAGAACUCAACCACAAGGUCCUGCGAGUUCUUCAGUCUUUGUGCAGUCUGGAGGCGUGGCUGGAGGCUGUGGAGCUGUCCAUCACACAGGCGUCUCUGGCAGGAGACCCGGAGUCUGUAAGCGUGGCGGAGCAGGAGAGCUCUCAGCUGGAGCAAGAGCUGGAGUCCCGAGGAUUAGAACUGCACGACCUCAGACAGGAAGUGGAUCAUCUGAGCAAUCACAAACAUCUUCACACACAGCUACUUCCUGCACGACUAAAAGAGGUGGAGAAAAAGUUUAGUAGCGUACAGAGUGCAUUGACACAACAAAGCUCAGAACUGAAGGACACACGCAUGCUCACCGAAUUCCUGGAGAAAGUGGAACUGGAGGAAAGCCAAUACGGCACCCUAGGACAGCCUCUGUGUAGUGAUGUCGAUCCUCUGGGCUUGCCGGGCAGCACGCACGGUGAGCUGAUCGAAACCAUCGGAAACCCGGGGAAGGAGCUCAGAGAAGCCGUGGAGAUGCUGAACGAUACGGCACGCGAGAGAGGCCGCUCGCAAACACACGACCAGAGUAUUCAGGAUCUCCUCAGCAGGCAUUCCGAGUUUUCAGCGCGUGUGGAGCGGUGUCUGCAGCGUUGUGCAGAACUGGCCGCAGACGUGCUGGAGAUGGAGAGUGAGAUGGCUGUCAGAUGUGAGCCGGAUCGAUGCGGUCUCGAUAGACUGCAGGAGACCCAGGACCAGCUGGAGGCUGAAUAUGAGAUGCUGAGGGAGCGGAUGGAGGCGAUGGAGAGUCAGGCUGAGCGCCUGUCAGAUGUUUGUCUGGAGAGAAUGCGCACUGUGAGCGCAGAGAUCCUGUCCAGCCUGAACUCGUGGGAUGAGCUCGGCAAGAGCCUGGCUGAAAACAGAAAGAGACUACUGCAGUUUGAGCAUCUGCGCAGCUUCUUCAGGAAUUACCUCGCCAUGAUCUCUUGGACAGAAGACACUCGCUCCUGUAUUUUCUCAGAGAGCGCUCGACGUCAGAGCCGAGAGAACCAACAGCCUCUGGUGGAAGUUCUGGAUCAGCAGAUAGAACAGAAGUUUGAGGAGUUUGAUCGGCUUGUCGUGGAUGGAAAGAAACUCUUUGACAAAGAGCAUCAUCUUAAUAAAAUGAUCGGCGAGAGGAUGGAGGAGCUGAGGAGCAUGCUGGGAUGGAUCCUGGUGCACUGGAGAGCUCAAAAAAAUCAGCUGUUGACCAGUAAGAAAGCAGGAGAAGCACAGGCAGAUGCUAUCUAUUCUGAGCUGGAAACCUCACCUGAGAACUCUCAAAAGAGAAUCGAGCAGGUGACAUGUGCGCCCCCUACUGAUCCGGAGGAACGACUGCAGCACAGUGAUGAGUAUGAGGUGAUGAAGAUUGUCAGUCCUAGAGGAAGUGAUGUCAUCAUUUGCUCCGAGAGGCCUGAUUCACCCUACCUGGUGCUGAAGGGACCGAGUCCUCCAGCUUUAGGGGGAACCGUCAACCUGAUCCUCAGCUUCAGUAACUCCGUUGACACCCAACUACAGGUGCAGACGCCCGGCGGCGAGGAGGGCGUGACGGAGCCCGAGCCUGUGCAUCGGCCUGCUGAGUCUCACUCUUCUGCCCGUAAAAGCUUAUGGAAACGCUGCCAGGGGCUUUUUGGUAGUUUAAAGCGAAAGAAAAAGUUUAAUGGACACAGUGCAGAAGAGGUAAGUACUUACUUGCAUGUCACGGACAACAGCGUGGCGGUAGCUCCAGUAUAUGAGAGUAUGACCCUGCCCAGAGACAAAUCCCCGAGGCCGUCCUCCUCCUCCUCUUGUACCUUCCCAUACUCCUCAUCCUCCAACCAAGACGCCCUUAAACAGUCCAACAACUCCUCCAUCCACCUGCUGCCAAAAAACACCAACAUCUCCAUCUUCAGCAGCCUGAAGAGAAAGAGCAAGAAGAGAAAAAAGAAGAAAGAUGACCGUCGGCACACCAUUCAGAGGAUCAUGGGAGAGGAGGAGGAGGAGGCGGGUCCGACGCCUGUCUGCGAACCAGCGGUGUAUGAGACUUGGCCUCUGAAAGAAAGGAGAAAACGUAAAAAUGCAAGAAAACCAAACAGCGAUGGGGCGCAAGUCUUGGACUAUGUGAAGAACCCUUUGGAGAAAGACAUUGACGUGGAGUCUUCCGGAGAGGUCGGGUCUCCAGUUCGCUGUGCGUUUGAAGAUCCCAAAGUUUCCAGUGGAGGACAUGUGAAGAACCACUGCAGAUUCCUCUCCUUGGGUUCCGUCUUGAGCUUUGACCUUUCCAAGGAUACGAGUCUCAUUCCAAGCAUUCAAGAUGUCAUCACAAUCUGUCACGCUGAGGGUAAAAAGACAAGCUGUGAUCUGCAGGAGUCUCCGACAGCUCUGAGCACCUUCAAAAUGGCCCGCUCGGUUCCGACACGAAAAGAGGAGCCCAAGCGUACAUCUUCAGGUGAAAUAACGCUGAGAAUUGACUGUAAAGAUGCUCGAAACAUCAGCGUUGACACGGACGUCUCAUUUACUGAAGAUGAAUUUCCACCUCCCCCUUCUCCUGUCAUUGAAGACAUUUCUUUCGAAGAGACUGAUAUUCCAAUGAAUCGUCUGUCUGGGAUCAGUAGAGUAACUCAAGAGGACCAGUGUAGUUGGGGUGCACAUGAAACUCAUCUUGAAAGUAAAGACUUCAAUGUCAGUCCUCCAGAAGAUGCUGCCAAUCGAAGCUCAACCACGGCAGGGAUUCGCACCCUGCUCCACAAGCCGGCCAAGACCUCUCAUCCGGCGAGAGAGAGUCCCAUCCCACUUCAAGCGUCUCACAUGGUUCUCAACUUCAAAACCAACAGAAGGGAGGACUCUGUAGACUCUGGUCACUCCAGCUCUGGAAGCUUCAAGUUGGACACCUCCGACUGUCCAGCGUCCAAGAAAAUCGUUAAGCUCCCAUCAAUGGACACAAACAUCUCCAAUGUGAAGAAGUUUGAGUGCUCCAAAGAGAAGACACCUUCUGUCGAUGAUCCGGUUCAUCCCGACCACCAACAGUUUGAACAGGAGGAAGAGGAACUCGAGGACAUCUGGAACCACACGAACACCUACCGCCAAAGUGUUUGCUCUGAUAUCAUGUAUAGGGGGUACCAGACCUCUUCUCCAGACCAGCAGAGGGCACCCUCGCCCAAAGAACAAGCAGCGCUCUUCAGAAAGCUGGUCACUGCAUCUGCACCCAACCUCCUUGUAGCCGAGUUCAGGUUGCCACAAUCUGUCCAGCCGGUGGUGGGUUGCGGGACGCGGCAGAACUUGAAGGAAGAGACUUGCACUGCGGGAAGAAGAGACAGGAGGUCAUGGGCUGCUUUUACUCAACAAGAGCAGGUUUAUAAACAGGUGGCUGUCAAUGAAACUGCUUCAGAUCCUGUGAGACUGCCAGUUAUAGACCACCAGAAUAAGUACAUCUACCAUUAUAGAGAGGAGGAGGAGGAGGAGGAGGAAGAUGGGUUUGCUAAGGAUCAGUCUGUGAGUCUUCUGUCUCUUCAGAUGGGCUUAGAGGGAUCUGCAAAUGACUCUGAUAUUCAGAUUGAAAAGCAAGAACUGCCAUCUAUGGAGGGUACACUUGAGAGAAAACAGAAACUGCAGUUGGGCGGAAAACGGGCAUCAUGUAGAGGAUGGAGCUCAUAUCACGCCGUCCUUUACAAACGAACAAUGUGUUUCUAUCAGGACAGAAAAGAUGCACUGAAGAGUUGCGUAACCAGUCUUCCUCUAAAUCUGAUCGGAGGAGUGUGUGAGCCGUCACCAGAGUACACCAAAAAACCAAACUGCUUCUGUCUGAGGUUGCGAGAUGGAUCUGAGUAUCUCCUCAGUGCUUCUUCGCGAUUUAUGAUGCGGAAAUGGAUCUUGAGAAUCCAAGAGCACGCUACAUGUGGUGAAUCUGGAGUGAAUAUAUCAGCGCGUCACAAUCCCUCGGCAGACGCUGCUCCGCUCAGACGUUCUCCUCAGACGGACAGCAGUCACAAUACAGAUGAAUGUCAGUCUCCCGUGAGAAGUUACGUCACCUCUACUGUUCUAGCACAGAGUCAGUCCACCUCAGGGAGAAGUAAAGAAAUCAUCGUCCACGCCGGUGACGGUGUGCACAUCCAUCAGAGACAUCAGGAGCUGUCGAGCACUUCAUCUUCACAUGCAGGACAUUGUGAGGAUGAGUUCAGAUCACAUGGACAGAACCUCCAUCGUCAGAACCCCACAGGUGUUCAUUCAUCAUCCAUCCUCCGGGGCUGGACCAGUGAAAAGAGACGCUCACACUCCUUUACAUCCGCCACAUAUCAGAGGAUAAAGCCGGUGUUAGCGCCCCCUGCAGGACGAGAUCAGCACAACAGCUCCAGUUAUUCUGUCACUUUAUUCAUCGGAGAUCGAGAGAGGACAUCAGGGAUGGCCGAGCCGGACGGCGUCAGUCAGGAUUUCUCCUCUGAUGUUCCCCUGCGGAGCUACAUGAGCCUCCCGCGACCACGAAACAAAUCCGUCUUCAGGAAGUUCUUCGGGAAAAAGGAGUGACUCGAGACUUUUGUGGCUCACAGCAGGCCGAAAUAAACUCUGACUGUCAUGUGCAGGACACACAAGUUACGAGCUUCUUAAAAAAGCUUGCGGAUAUUUAUAGAUCAGAUGGCGAAAACCAUUUCUUUUGAGAGUUUACUUCGCAAGUUUAGUGAUGUUCACAGCUUCGACUUUAUCUCUCACUGUAUGAGCCGGGAAAGAAAUAAAGGAACAGUUCACCCCGAAAACGGGUUUCUCACCCUGUUCUGGUCGAGGGUGAGGGUGAGUAUUUCUGUCCAGCUCCAUAACGAAAUGUCCAAAAACAUCAUAUUUGAAAAAGUGAUUUACUAAAUCACACACUUUUAUUUUCUUUGUAUGACCCGUUUUUCUAUCAUUGACAGAGUUUGUCCCCAUUCACUCUCAUUGUGUGGAAAUGCACAUCCCAUUUUGUGUUUCACGGAGGAAAAUGAGUCGGGUUUCCAACAACGCAAGGGUGAAUAAAUGAUGACAAUCUUCAAUUUUAGCGCUGUUGAAAAACCAGCAUAUACUGGGUCAGGUAUGUUUCGAUCGUGGUUUGACCACCUUAAUCCAGCUAUGGACCAGCACAUGACCAUCUUAAAGCAGCACAAACCAGCAUCAAAACAUGCCAAACCAGCAUAUGCUGUUUUUUUCAACAGGGAGGUGAACUGUUUCUUUAAUCUCAACAUUUUCUCAUGCUGAAAUGUCAGCGUUUGGCAGAAAUGUUUGUCAAUGAGUGAAGUUUGCUGCAGUCAUCUACUGAUAUGAGACUUUUGAUAUGUUCAGUGUGUCCAGCACAUUCCACUAUAGGUGGGCCGUUGUGUUUUGAAUUCCUGUCUGUUUUUGUGUUUGGUGUGGAUUGCGGUUCGUGUUGAUGGUUAUCAGAUUCAUUGUCUAGUCAUUGUUUUAAUUUUCCUGAGGUUAUGGCACAUAUUAUUUGUUGGCUUGUCAUGUUUUCCAUUGUUUGAGUUUUGUUCAUGUGUUUCUCGCAGAGGUCUUAAACGAACGGUUCACCCAAAAAUGAAAAGUCUGUCGUUUGAGCCCAUCACCAGAGCCAUAAAACCCACGUGACUCGAUAUGGACAUUCAUUGCAGUAGACAGAGGAAAAAAACAAUUUCUUGCAUUCUUUGAAAGGUGGAACAUUACUGUAAUAUAAUAUACUGAAGUCUUCUAACCGCUGCUUUAAAUCAUAGCAUCCAAAUCUAAUUUACAUUUAUAGACGCACUGUAGCAUCUGAAGAUAUGUCGACCAUUUUUAUUUUGGGGUGAACUCUUCCUUUAAUAAUCCCAGACUUCUAAACACUAUAUGAUUGCCACUUUCACAAACUAGAGAUUCUUUCCAUAUUUAUACUAAUGCUGUGUUUUUGAAAAUAUUUUUCAAUGCUUUUGUACUGUAUGGGUCACUUGUAUCAAACACAAGAAAACAAUGAUUUGAGAUUGACGAUACAACUUUUUGAAUGUUUUUACACGCAAUAUAAUACAUUGUUAUACAGA